AUGGCCGCUGUGGCGGAAAAUCGUCUCAGUCGCCGUAGUCUCCUAUGCCGACUGUUUAACUUUCCUCGUUUCCAUGAUGAUGGCGCCAAGCGUCCCGCAAGUGCUGAAAACAUUUCGUCCAGACGGCAGUCACAAGUUUCUUGGCUCCUUCUCUGUCACAUUCUAUAUCUUGGGUUUCGUGGUGGGUCCGUUGCUCUUCGGGCCGUUGACAGAUUUGUAAGAACGUCGUCCGCUAGCACAUUGUUACUAUUACGCACUCUAAUUGCUGAUCCAAAAGUCUACUCCAGGAUGGGUCGCAUAACAAUACUACGGUUUACAGCAGCCCUUUAUACAGUAUUCACCAUAGCCUGUGCCUUGAGCACCAGCCUCUCAAUGCUUAUCGUCUUCCGGUUCUUUGCAGGUUGCUUUGGCGGUGCUCCAAUGGCAAUAGGAGGCGGCGUCGUUUCAGAUCUCUACGCUCCUGGGAAAAGGACACGGCCCAUGGCGUGGUAUUCGGUGGGAACAAUGAUGAGCCCCACCCUAGGUCCAGUCCUAGGAGGGUUGAUUACUGGAGGCCUUGAUUGGCGAUGGGUGUUUUGGAUUGCGACCAUACUCGCUGGACUCUGUGUCAUUCUCUUAUUCUUUCUUUUGGAAGAGACCCACCAAGCAACACUCACCCGAAGAGCAGUGAGCCGGACCACCGAUAGCUCUCAAGGCAUGAACGUGAAGCCAUCGCUUUUCGACACGUCCUCGACGAAUUGGAAAGCAAUGAACGUUCCUAGCCUGCUUCGUCGAUCCAUCAUACUCCCCGCAAAGAUCGCCCGCCAUUCCCAUGCACUUGUGAUAUUAGUUUUCAUCGGCAUAUUCAAUGGACUCGUGAAUAUGAUCCUAUCAUCCUUGGGUUCUGUCUUUCAGUUUCAAUACGGAUUCCCUCCCACCACUGCGGGCCUAGCAUACCUUGGGCUGGGCAUUGGGGGCGUGUGUGGUCUAGCAACAACACCUCAUAUUUCGGAUUUCUUUAGCAAGCGACGGCCUCAUCAAGAUGGCUCAAAACGUCCGCAACAUGCGCUUCCAAUGAUGAUUAUAGGGGGCCCUAUGUCAUCGAUCGGGCUGUGGUGGUACGGCUGGUCUACACAGGCAAAGGUACAUUGGAUGGUACCCAUUAUCGGCCUAGCCAUUUUUAGUUACGGAUACAUAAGCAUAAGAGUAAGCCUCCUACAAGAAACUUUGUCGCUCAUCUAGCUUACCAUAUCCCCGUAGUUGUCUACCCAAAUAUACCUUGUCGAAGCAGUACCGAAUUUCACUGCCUCGGCACUUGCAGCCCACACAAUAUUU